AUGGGAAGCAUACCACCUACAAAACCCUACAUCAUCCGAACCCACCGUCCAGGGGAUAUAGGCUGGAUAAUCCACCGCCUCAGCGUCCUCUAUGAUCAAGAAAGAAUACGGCUGGGCACCCGCUUCGAAGGUCUCGUAGCCGAAAUAGCAGCCAACUUCAUUGAAGAUUACGAACCGGAAGUAGAGCGUUGCUGGGUGGCUGAGCGCGACGAUGGCCACAUACUCGGCUCGAUAAUGCUUGUUCAAGACCGCACAUCUAAGUCCAAUGCGGCUAAGAUCCGACUACUACUUGUUGAGCCGACGGCGCGGGGACUCGGACUUGGUCGUACUUUGGUGAAAACUGCUACGAGCUUCGCGAGGAAAGUGGGCUAUGCGCGUGUUGGGCUUUGGACGCAAAGUACGUUGACCUCUGCUCGACAUAUUUAUGCAAGUGAGGGCUUUAAGCUCAUGUGGAGACUGAACAUGCUUCUUUUGGGAUUAAGAUUACUGGUGAGCUUUGGGAACUAG